AUGGCUCAAUUUGGGUAUUUAGAAAAAUUCGGUAUUGUUUUCCUAAUUGCUUUGCUCUAUUAUGUAGUUAAGAGUGUGGUCAAUGUGCUUUACACUUAUAUCAUUGGACCGCUGGUGAAUAAGGUAGACUUUAAGUCUCAAGGAAGGUGGGCAUUAGUCACCGGCAGCACCGAUGGAAUUGGCAAAGCCUAUGCCAGGGAGCUUGCAUCCCGUGGCUGUGAUAUAGUUCUAGUCAGCCGUUCCUAUGAUAAGCUCAUGGAGACGGCAGCUGAAAUUGAAAAAGACUUCAAAGUGGAAACGAGGAUCGUUCUUGCUGACUUCAGCGACGCUGAUAUAUAUGAAAUGAUCUCAAAGGAGGUUGCCGACCUUGAGAUUGGUACUCUGGUGAACAAUGUGGGCGUCUCCUAUAAAUAUCCAGAAUAUUUCCUGGAAAUCGCCGAUUGGGAGAAGAAUAUAAAUACGAUGAUAAAAGCUAACGUUGUCUCUGUAACUCGUAUGACUCGUAUCGUGAUGCCUGGUAUGGUAGAGCGUGGCAAGGGGGUGGUCAUCAAUAUUGGAUCCGGUUCAUCGAUAAUACCCAGCCCCCUUCUCACCGUAUACGCUUCUACUAAGGCUUAUGUUGAGAAAUUCUCUGAAGGUCUCGAGAUGGAGUAUAGCAAGAGAGGCAUUAUCGUGCAAUGUGUUCUACCCGGUUUCGUUUGCUCCAAUAUGUCUGGAAUACGCCGAAGCACUCUGAUAGCACCAACAGCGAAGGCAUUUGUCAAGUCCGCCAUCAGCUUAGUCGGAACAACCUCUAACACGACAGGAUAUUUCCCCCACACUCUCUUCUUCUAUGUGGUUAAUUCUAUCCACAGUUUCGCACCGCGUUUCAGUGUGUGGUUGGUGACCCGCAGCAUGGAAAAUACCCGCAGGAAGGCGCUGAAAAAGUACAAAAAAGAAUAA